AUGAUAUUAAUUUCAUUUUAUUCCCUCAAAUUGGUAAUCAGUGCGCAAACGAAGGCACGGCCACUUGGCAUUACUAACAACCUGGAAGCUGCUUUUGUUCCGCCAUGCGACCGGCCAUUCGCUGUCUUUUUACAUUUUUCGGUUUUUUGACAGUCUGAUCUACUUCCUCUGCCGGCUGGGCACCAAAGUUCUCGGAGACGGUUCAGCCCGGGCGGAAGCCACGGCGGCCACGGGGCGCUCGGCUGUCGCGGGGAGGAACGAGGUUUCUAAAUCACUUCGCAGGCCUUCCCGGUCACGUGGCCCGCGCCUGCGCCCAGCUCGCCGGCUUCUGGUCGCUGACUGGCUGCUUACAUGUCUAGCGGGUGCCGGCCGGGAUCAUCCCGGAAGUAGGCGCUUGGUCCUUCCGCCUUCCUCGGCGGAAGUGCGUCACAGACCGGUGGUCGGCUCUUAGCGGAAGUUCGUCACGUCGCAGUGGUCUCGGCACGGCGGACGUGUGUCGCCGCGCAGGUGACGCUGGGAAGUGCUUGCAGCCGCUGCCGCUGCCUUUUGGUGGAAGCACUAUGGAGGGAGAGAGGAAGAGUAACAACAAACGGUGGUACUUUACUCGGGAACAGCUGGAAAACACCCCCUCCCGGCGUUUCGGUAUGGACCCCGAUAAAGAGCUCUCUUCUCGCCAGCAGGCGGCCAACCUCCUCCAGGACAUGGGGCAGCGUCUCAAUGUGUCACAAUUGACCAUCAAUACUGCUAUAGUAUACAUGCAUCGAUUCUACAUGAUUCAGUCUUUUACACAGUUUCAUCGAAAUUCUGUGGCUCCAGCAGCCUUGUUUCUAGCAGCUAAAGUAGAAGAACAGCCAAAAAAAUUGGAACACGUCAUCAAGGUCGCGCAUACUUGUCUCCAUCCGCAGGAGUCACUUCCUGACACGAGGAGUGAGGCCUACCUACAACAAGUCCAAGAUCUGGUGAUUUUAGAGAGCAUCAUUUUGCAGACUUUAGGGUUUGAACUAACAAUUGAUCACCCACAUACACAUGUGGUAAAGUGCACCCAACUUGUUCGAGCAAGCAAGGACUUAGCACAGACAUCUUACUUCAUGGCAACCAACAGCCUGCAUUUGACCACAUUUAGCCUGCAGUACACACCUCCUGUGGUGGCCUGUGUCUGCAUCCAUCUGGCUUGCAAGUGGUCCAACUGGGAGAUCCCAGUCUCAACUGACGGGAAGCACUGGUGGGAGUAUGUUGACGCCACUGUGACCUUGGAACUUUUAGAUGAAUUGACACAUGAAUUUCUACAGAUUCUGGAGAAAACUCCCAACAACAGGCUGAAACGUAUUCGGAAUUGGAGGGCAUGCCAGGCUGCCAGGAAAACAAAACCAGAUGACCGAGGAGCAGAUGAAAACACGUCAGAGCAGACGAUCCUCAAUAUGAUUUCCCAAAGCUCUUCAGACACAACUAUUGCAGGUUUAAUGAGCAUGUCAACUACUUCUACCACAAGUGCAGUGCCUUCCCUUCCUGCCUCUGAAGAGUCAUCAAGCAAUUUAACCAGUGUGGACAUGUUGCAAGGCGAACGGUGGCUGUCUUCACAACCUCCUUUUAAACUAGAACCUGCUCAGGGCCAUCGGACUAGUGAGAAUUUAGCACUUAUAGGAGUUGAUCAUUCCUUGCAGCAUGAUGGUUCAAAUGCAUUUGUUUCCCAGAAGCAGACUAGUAAGAGUGUGCCAUCAGCUAAAGUUUCACUCAAAGAAUACCGUGCAAAGCACGCUGAAGAGUUGGCUGCACAGAAGAGGCAGCUGGAGAACAUGGAGGCCAAUGUGAAGUCACAGUACGCAUAUGCCGCCCAGAAUCUCCUGUCGCACCACGAUAGCCAUUCUUCAGUUAUUCUGAAAAUGCCCAUGGACGGUUCAGAAAACCCUGAACGACCUUUUCUAGAAAAGACUGACAAAUCAGCUUUGAAAAUGAGACUCCCAAUAACUGGUGGAGAUAAAGCCACCUCUUCAAAACCAGAGGAGAUAAAAAUGCGCAUUAAAGUCCAUGCUACUGCUGAUAAGCACAAUUCUGAAGACAGUAUCUCGAAGAGCCGAGAGCACAAAGAAAAGCACAAGACUCACCCGGCUAAUCAUCACCAUCAUCAUAAUCACCAUUCACACAAGCACUCUCACUCACAGCUGCCAGUUGGUGCUGUGAACAAACGUCCAAGUGAUCCAAAACAUAGUAGCCAGACAAGUACCUUAGCACACAAAACUUACAACUUGGCUAGUACUUUGUCCUCUUCGAGCUCUACUCGAAAAAGGGGUCUCCCUGAAGACACUGGGGCAGCAGUAUUUGAUCAUCCAGCCAAGAUUGCGAAGAGUACUAAAUCUUUGAAUUUCCCCUUCCCUCCUCUUCCUACAAUGCCCCAGUUGCCUGGGCAUAGCUCAGACACAAGUGGCCUGCCCUUUUCACAGCCCAGCUGUAAAACUCGGGUUCCCCAUAUGAAACUGGAUAAAAGCCUUCCUGGGGCCAAUGGUCAUAACACAACCCAGUCAAUAGAUUAUCAAGAUACUGUGAACAUGCUCCACUCUCUGCUCAGUGCCCAAGGAGUUCAGCCCACUCAGCCCCCUGCAUUCGAAUUUGUCCAUUCUUACGGUGAAUAUAUGAAUCCACGGGCCAGUGGAAUCUCCUCCAGAUCUAGCAAUACAGACAAACCUCGGCCACCGCCUCUACCAUCAGAACCGCCUCCACCACUUCCACCUCUUCCUAAGUGAGAAAAAGAGGAGAAAACUUAAAAAAAACAUGUUCUUUGUUUUUGUUUUUUGACUACUGAUACUGGACUAAGAAAAUUAUUUCCCUUAUGACAUAUAUAUCACCCUUCUUGGACUAAGGAAUAAACUAAUACUGAGAUAGGUGGGAGGGUUAUGGAGGGCCUCGGUUAUUCUAUCUGCUGCCUCAUACAUCUAUUUUAUUUUAGUUUGUACUAGUAUUAGAGAGAUAGGAUUAUGCUGAAGCUGUGAAGGAUUAAGAGCAUUUUCUCUGUUCUUGGCCUCUCCUCAUCUUAAUUAGGUUGAUUGCAGUAGUUUUAUCUUCUCUUCUUGCCGGAACUGAAACAUGGAGGGUAUGUCAAGCAAUUGUGGAUUAUUUUGGUGUUUAAUAUAUCAGAGGAGAGGAAGUAUUUAAACGUCAUAAUCUUUUAAGAGACUUAAAAAAUAAUUUAAAGAAAGUAAGUUAUCUGUUUAGUUUUUUUAUAUAAUUGGGAAGGGGAUAGGGAUUUGCUGUGUGUA